GCGAGGCAGCUCGGAUCCGCCGGGCCGAGCGGCUGUGAGCGGGAGGAGGAGGAGGUGUAAAGGGAGCUACGAGCACAAAGCAGAUUUGCGAGGAAUAAUUUAACUCCGGUGUUUGUUGUUUUUCGGGAUUUUGCUUUUUUGCGUGUCUCCUUCCUUUCUAUCUUUUUUCUUUUUUUUUUUUUUUUUUUUCCCCUUCCUUCGCUGCUCAGGAUUUAAAUGUCACUCAAAGCAUCCCCAAAUCAGCUUUCCGCUCGUCUCCGGUCUCUUCCAAGAUACUAAUUGGAUCACACGCUGCAUUUGAAGAGCCUGGGUGAUCUACCCCCGAAGGAAAUUUGCUCCAUCUCCAGCAGCAACCACUGCUCCUUUUGAUGUUGUGGUACGCCGUGCGCAUGCGCUUCACAUUAGAAUUACUGCACUGGCCAGAAUAAGUUGGAUCUCUUCUCUUCACUGAAACCCUAAAUCAUAUCAAAAGCUAAAGGGAUGCUGAGAGUCCGGAAAAAGGGUUACUUUGGGAUUUGGUCAUUCCCUUUAAUAAUAGCCGCGGUGUGUGCACAGAGUGUCAAUGACCCUAGUAAUAUGUCACUGGUAAAAGAGACCGUGGAUAGACUGCUGAAGGGCUAUGACAUUCGCUUGAGGCCAGAUUUUGGAGGUCCCCCAGUGGCUGUUGGCAUGAACAUAGACAUUGCCAGUAUAGAUAUGGUCUCAGAAGUCAAUAUGGACUAUACCUUGACCAUGUACUUUCAGCAAGCAUGGAGGGAUAAGAGGCUGUCAUAUAAUGUAAUACCUCUAAACCUUACUCUGGACAACAGAGUAGCUGAUCAGCUGUGGGUUCCUGAUACCUAUUUUCUGAAUGACAAGAAGUCCUUUGUACAUGGUGUCACUGUGAAGAACAGAAUGAUCCGUUUGCAUCCGGAUGGGACAGUCCUUUAUGGGCUCAGAAUUACAACAACAGCUGCUUGUAUGAUGGACCUACGGAGAUAUCCGCUGGAUGAGCAGAACUGCACAUUGGAGAUUGAGAGCUAUGGCUAUACAACAGAUGACAUUGAAUUUUACUGGCGUGGGGGUGAUAAUGCAGUAACAGGAGUGACAAAGAUCGAACUGCCACAGUUCUCCAUUGUAGACUACAAGCUUAUCACCAAGAAUGUUGUUUUCUCUACAGGUGCCUACCCAAGGCUGUCUCUCAGCUUUAAACUUAAGAGAAACAUUGGUUACUUCAUUCUGCAGACCUACAUGCCUUCUAUUCUGAUCACUAUCCUGUCCUGGGUUUCGUUCUGGAUUAAUUAUGACGCUUCAGCUGCAAGAGUUGCUUUAGGAAUCACAACUGUGCUCACAAUGACAACAAUUAACACCCAUCUUCGAGAGACUCUUCCCAAAAUUCCAUACGUGAAGGCCAUUGACAUGUACCUUAUGGGAUGUUUUGUCUUCGUUUUCAUGGCUCUGCUGGAGUAUGCAUUGGUCAACUACAUCUUCUUUGGCAGAGGACCACAGCGUCAAAAGAAAGCAGCAGAAAAAGCUGCCAGUGCCAACAAUGAGAAGUUACGAAUGGAUGUCAAUAAGGACAGAAGAAUAAUUGGCACAUAUCAUUGUCCAGAAAUGUAUUCAACAAAGAUGGAUCCACAUGAAAACAUUUUGUUGAGCACACUUGAAAUUAAAAAUGAGAUGGCUGCCUCCGAGGCUGUGAUGGGGCUUGGGGACCCUAGAAGCACUAUGCUGGCGUAUGACACUUCAAGCAUCCAGUACCGGAAAGCUGGCUUACCCAGACACAGCUUUGGUCGCAAUGCCCUGGAGCGACACGUGGCACAGAAGAAAAGUAGGCUACGGAGACGUGCAUCUCAACUGAAAAUUACCAUUCCUGACUUGACUGAUGUAAAUGCCAUAGAUCGAUGGUCUCGCAUAUUCUUCCCUGUUGUUUUUUCCUUCUUCAAUAUUGUCUAUUGGCUUUACUAUGUGAACUAAGAAACAAAGCCACAGGGGAAGAAAGAACUGGAUUUCUCUUCAAAUCGGUUGUACAGCCAAAAGUGGGACUUAGAAAAAUUCUAUUCAGGACAAAAAGUUAUUUUAAAACACCUUAGUUGCUGGCCCACUCUAUGGUCUGGUCUUAUAACGUUUUGGUUGUAUCUGCUAAAUCAUAAAUAUGUUAAGUUGCAGUAUGGACGUAUCCCCUUAUCAAAAUACAAGUGCAUUUUGAGUGUGAAGGCAAAUUAGAUUUUGACAAUCACUUCUGUCUCAUCAUCCCUCACGCUCUUCUUUUUUUUAAUGACCGUUUGAAUUUAGCGAUACAAAUUACAGAGCGACGUUUGAGAAACAAGUUCUAGUUUCAACAGCAGUCCAUACCAUUCCCAGAGAAACUGCACACCUGAGACAUGCAUCUACACUUAAGGGAGUGUACAAAGUUAUUAUCAUGCUUGUGAAACACAUACACUUUACCUUUUAAACGUGUAAACUUGAAAACAAGUAGUGCCUAUCAUCUUUCCAAGAUGAUGAUGGUCAGAGGUUUCCCAACCAUAUUCAGGUAUUUCCUGUUUUUUUUUAUUGAAAGAUCUAAACCUUUGACUGAUAAUAUUAGGGUUGGGUGUUUGCACAGAAGCUGAAGCAAAAAGCACUAGUUUUGUUUGGAUUUUGAGAGAACACAUGCUGACAGUCACAAUGACACUAGUUGUGAUUGAUAGAGGAAUGUAGCAAUGGUACAAAAGUGCAUCAACUCGGAACGGGUAGAGGUGCUGCUGGUUUGUGUUGGGGAAAAGAAGUCAUCUGUUCAAAGUGCCAAAGUUGGCUGGCCAAAUAGUCAUUCUCUAGGUGGCUGAAGUAAGCCAAUGGUGCCCUGCAUUUCCAGGGUGGAGAAAGCUUAGAGAGCAAUUAUAAAACACAGAGCCAAGGAGAGUGAAGGCUACAUAUAUGUAAAAGUGUGUAUGUGUAUAUAUAUGUAUACACAUAUAUCUAUAUACUGUGAAAAUGAAUGUUGUCAGUUAUAGUAUGUACCCAAGUCUGAAAUACUCAUGUGGAGUUCUGUGAUUUCUUCCACAUUUGCAAUCUUUCCAGUUAUGCUUGCUACUGUUACUAUGUUUAACACCUUACAUCCAGUUUGUUUAAAGGUAUCAUACCUCUUUCGGCAGUAAAGAUCCAAGCAUAUGUAUUUCAGUACAAAAAAUUCUUACAAGGUAUUUUCUCAGUCUGGAUUAGGCAAUGCCUGUUCAGUUUUGGUUGGGUUUUUUUGGUUAUUGUUUGCUUUU